AAGUUUGUCGCACUGUAUUGUUUAUGUUUGCCUAAUGAUUUGUUGUUGUUUAUAUUUUCAAUUAUUUCGUGAUCCUCGUCCAUAAAAUUGCGAUCUCAACACAGCGCUAUGGAUUUGAAAGAGAACAUGAUCCCUGACGACAAAAAGAAUCGAGCGCGCGGCGAAAACUGGACGCAAGAAGAGAAGGACCUAUUCUUUGAAAUAAUGCGGGAUUCUGCGCCUUUUAUUGAAAACAAAUUAACAGACACCAACAGCAAUAAACGAAAGAACUUGGAAUGGAUCAAAAUUAAGAGCAAACUGCAGGAGCUGACCGGGAUACCGAGAGAGACAGCGCAACUGAAAGGCUUCUGGAGACGGGCCAAGUUGUCGGCCAAAAAAAAUGUUUCACAGCACAAACGAGCGUUAUAUUUACAUGCUACAGGGGCUGGAGAGAGGCCCCCGACGCCUCCGGCAGACGACCUCAUGAUCGUAGAGUUGUGCCCCACAGAUUUUGUAGUUGAAGAUGAUAAUAAUGAUAGUGACACAACACUUCAGCUGCACAGCGAAGAUAAUGAGGCACUCUAUCAUCAAAAACUGGCCGCUAAAAUGAUGGAAGAAGAGCAUGAGUUGAAAAUGGAAUACCAACGCCGGGAGUUGACCCACCAGCAGUUGCGGCACAAGCUUGAACUAGAAAUACUGAUGUUAGAGAAAGAAAAACAAAUUAAGGAACUAGAAAUUAUUAAAAGAAGAUCGCAUUGAUAA